AUGACUAAAAUUGCACUAAUAACCGUACUUGUUGUUGAGCAGAUUUUUGACAGCCACAACAGCCUUAUCCUCCAAAACCCCAUGGUAAACAAUCCCAUACCCUCCUUCCCCAAUCACAUUCUCAUCCGAAAAGCCAUUUGUGGCCUCCUCAAGCUCCCUCAGCGUGUACCAGUGGCCCCACCCCAAAUGCGAGACCUCCGGCCCGGAAACAGCAGAAUCCGCCUCGCCACUCUUGCAGACCGGCCCGGAACCCGAACACGACUUCUCCGGGUAGGCAAUCCGGUGCCCCUUUCCAACCUCAAUGUGGAUUCGAUUGUCCUCUUUCGGGUCGGGUUCCGGGUUCUGAACCGGCCCAGGCGCGGGGAGCAAGAGCUUAGGGUUGGUAUCAGAGACUCGGUCCGGGUCGGACCGAAUUUCCUGUAUUUCUCUAGAGACUUUAGGGAUGGAGGUGCUCUUUUGGGUGACGAAGUUCUCUUGUUCCUUCUCGAGGUGAACCAGAGACAGAUUAGGAAGAGGAAGCCGACAAUUGCGGCGCAGACGCAUAAUCCGAGCAGAACCCAUAAACGGAGACCGAGAAUUGAGGUCCGUUUGGACAGCUCGUCCGUCAGAUACGAUGGCUUGCUCCCAUCGGACAUUUUUUGUAGCCGGUGA